AUGAGCAAUGCCACGAGCCCGGUUGGGGCCUUUCCGCCCCCGCCGGGCGAAAUCCCCAAUUUCGACGACCCGAGGGACGCCGGAUGGAUGUGGAAUGUGGUUGGGAUGAGCGUCAUGGCCGCGAUAACGACUUUUUUCUUUGGAAUUCGGACAUAUGUGAAAUUCUCUUUCGGAAGCCAGUUCCUCCCCGAAGACUGGACAUGCGCUAUCGCAUAUGCGCUGAUAAUUCUGUAUACCGCCACAGUCUUCGUCAUGGCACAUUACGGCGAGGGAUAUCACGCAUGGGAGUUGACGAAAGAGUCCUAUCGAGAGGUCAUGCGGUGGCUCUACGCAAGCUCCAUCAUCUACUGUCCAGCUGCGUACUUCACGAAAGUCACACUCCUGCUGCUCGAGGCCAGAGUCUUCUCCUCGCACGAGAGGAUGGCACGCGGAAUCCGCAUCUUCGUCAUUGUCUUGCUCGUCUGCUACAUCCCGAUACAGACACUGAAAACCAUAAUCUGCAUCCCAGUGUCGGCAUUCUGGGACCCCCACACGCCGAAUCCCAAGUGUCUCAACCAACGCAAGAUCUUCAUCGCCGAUCUCAGCCUGGCUAUUAUAACCGAUUUCUUCAUCCUUAUCAUUCCAAUACCACUGCUAUGGGCGCUGAGAAUGCCCUUGCGGAAGAAGCUGAAGAUCCUCACGCUUCUUGGCGCCGGAGGGGUCGCCACCGCCGUGACGAUAUACCGGCUGUAUCUUGUGGUUCUGUUCCUGUCAUCAAAAGACGUUACGGCAGAUUUUGUUGUCCUUGACCUCGUAACAUCACUUGAACUUGUCAUUGGUUUCGUCUGCGCAUGCCUACCAUCCACGAACAUCCUCUACGAAAGAAUACGACGAGGCGAAUCAGCCAAAAGCGGCCGAACGCCAGAAAACACCAGUGAAUACUACAGGAAGCGCGGCGAUAAUUCAUCUUAUUGGUGGAGUAUGAUGACGGGGAAGCAAACGAAAGCCGCUCGAACCGAGGUAGCCACCGUCGUCGAGACUGUUCGGAGUCCCAAUUACGCUGCUACAUUUGACACUGAGCUCGCGACUCUAGCUGGUCAACCGAUGGGAAUGCGCCCCGCCACAGUCGACACCGAACGCCAGGACUCAGUGUUGCAAGAACGAGAUGAAGAGGACUGGGCCUACAACCCACGAGCAAACUCGAUGGACGGUCGCCGGGAAGGGUGGCUUGCGCACGAUGUCGAGAGCUGUGCACAGGGGCCUUCGUCAAGAGCAGUUAAAUGGAAGGACCACGAGCUUCAGGCCAGGAAGUCGUGGGAGGCCGUAUGGGAGAAGGCGAUGCCUCCAGAAGGGCUCGACUCGAUACCGGAAAGCGGUAUCGACAGACCGCCUCAGGUCAAGCUCACCACACAUCCACCGCCCAACUGGGAAGAGUUGGACGACAAAUAA